UUUCUGAUUCUCAGUUUGCUCCUUAAUCGCCCGUGCACCUAUAAUUCAAAGCUCUUCGAGGGUUCGGAUCAGGAGAAGGCGAACUACGUCCUCACCACCAAGCAGAAGGUGGUGAAGCUGAUCGGCCAGUGGGUGGCGCUGUACGGACUCCUGCUGAAAGAAGACUCCAUCGCUAUGGACUCUCUGGAGAGGUUGAAGAAGGAGGUGGCCGUUGACUAUCGUCUGACCAGCAUGCUGAAAGAUCAAUUUAGAGACCGGAGGAGAACAAAAGUACAGGAGAAUGGAUACCAGUCUCUGAGCAGGAAUCAGCAGUUUGAUUGGUUUUCAAACUGUGAGGAGCCGGUGGGGAGGUUACAGCCAAUCAGAGCGCAGGAUAAAGUUCUGUAUGAGAUCUACAGACCGGACUACAGGCCGCUCACUCUGAUGCUUCCUGUCAGCGCGUCCGUACAGGAAGUGAUGUCAGCAACCGUGCAACCUGGAGGAGAUCACGUUCUCGUCAAAAUGAACUCAUCGGGAGAUAGAGCUCAGUUAAAGCUGGAUGCGUCUGCAGUUUUCACGGCGAUGGGACUCAACGAGCGGCUGUUCGUCUGCAGCAGCAGCCAGGUGGAUCAGCUG